AUGGCGCCUGGGCUUGCCAGCUCGGCCGCGCUGGGGGUUUUGGCCGUCGUUCUUGGUUCCUCAUUCCUCGUCGCACUCUCGGAGGAUGAACCACUGGAGAACCUGCGGUUCGUGCGCCACGCACAGGACGCGCCCCUGGUGUCGCAGUACAACUACAUCGUCAUCGGCGGCGGCACGGCGGGGUGCCCGCUGGCGGCGACGCUGUCGGAGCACUCGCGCGUGCUGCUCCUGGAGCGUGGGGGCCUGCCCUACCGCAACAUGUCCAACCAGCAGCACUUCACGGACGCGCUGGCGGACACGUCCCCGGCGUCGCCCGCGCAGCGGUUCGUCUCCGAGGACGGCGUGGUGAACGCGCGGGCGCGGGUGCUGGGCGGCGGGAGCUGCCUCAACGCCGGGUUCUACACCCGGGCCAGCAACGACUACGUGCGCGCCGCCGGGUGGGACACCCGCCUCGUCAACUCGUCCUACCGCUGGGUGGAGCGCGCGCUCGUGUUCCGCCCCGACGUGCCCCCGUGGCAGGCCGCGCUCCGCGACGCGCUGCUCGAGGCCGGCGUCACGCCCGACAACGGGUUCACCUUCGACCACGUCCCGGGCACCAAGAUCGGGGGCACCAUCUUCGACAACAGCGGCCAGCGGCACACCGCCGCCGACUUCCUCCGCCACGCGCGACCCAGGGGGCUCACCGUGUUCCUCUACGCUACCGUCUCGAGGAUCCUCUUCAGGCAACAAGAGGGUGUGCCGUACCCGGUGGCGUACGGCGUGGUGUUCACGGACCCGCUCGGGGUGCAGCACCGGGUGUACCUCCGCGACGGCGCCAAGAACGAGGUGAUCCUGUCCGCGGGGACGCUGGGGAGCCCGCAGCUGCUGAUGCUGAGCGGCGUCGGCCCGCAGGCGCACCUGGAGGCGCACGGCAUCCAGGUGCUGGUCGACCAGCCCAUGGUCGGGCAGGGCGUGGCCGACAACCCCAUGAACUCGGUGUUCAUCCCGUCGCCGGUGCCCGUCACGCUCUCGCUCGUGCAGGUCGUCGGGAUCACCCGCUCCGGCAGCUUCAUCGAGGGCGUCAGCGGCUCCGAGUUCGGCAUCCCCGUCUCUGAGGGCGCCCGCCGCUUAGCUCGCAACUUCGGCCUCUCUCUCCUCAGGUGCUUCCAUAUAUACUGA